CAGUAUUGUAGCCAGCGAGAGCGUACAGACGACCUGCUGGGUAAACAACAGUGUCGACUCGAGAGGCAGGAAUGGGAACUUCGUCGAGGGCUAAGAGUGUUGUGAGUUGAAAUGGUUUGAAGCAUUGGAACCGCGCACGCACUCUUAGCUCGGUGCGGACAAAGCUGCCACUAUGAAGAGUGAAGUGCCGUCUGAGGCCUCCAGCAGACAGGAGCAUCUGAAGGAGCCGCUGGUGAACCCGGAGCCUAUCGAAGCAGCCAAGAACUUCUCUAGCAACAUGGAGGUGAUUGGAAUGGCAGACAGCGAGUUUGCUACCCUGUGUUCCGAAUCGAGGCGUCGGACCUUGAGGGAUACGGCGGCUCACAAGGACUCGGAGCGAGGCCUCCCUGGACGCAGAAAAAGAAAAGUCCAACAGGCUGGACCGUCUGACUGUUCAUUUAAAGUCGGACAUUUUAGCGAGACCUCCGUGGCCCCUCAGCGUCCCAAGGAAGAACUCUUACGACACUCUAGCGAGGAUGAACACAAUCAUGAGUCAUCUUUUAGUGACUGUGCCUCGUCCCCUUCCUCCAGCUUGCGAUUCGGUGACUCGGAGACACUGAGCUCCGAGGAGGAUGUGGAAGCUGGACCGACGGGGGGCCAACAAAAAGCCCCCGCCCUCACGACACCAGCCACCGGAGUUGGUCUUCGCCCCGUUGUGGGUCGAACGAGGCGGACCCGCUCGCAUAAGUGGGUGCGCUCCGAGGGGGAGCCGGUGUUGCUGAAUCGGCCCUGUUUGAGCAGUCGGCGGACUCUGCAUCGGAAACGAUUUGUGAAAUCAGUUCCUGGGGGAGGGCAGCGUACGCAGAAGCAAAAGGAGCGACUACUACUGCAGAGGAAGAAACGGGAAGUGAUUGCACGACGUAAAUAUGCUUUACUCAAUAGCACAAGUAGUUCAAGCGAGGAGCUGAGCAGUGGCUCGUCGUCCCCCUCCUCAACCGAAGUGGAAGAUGAGCUCUACGUGGAUGUCAGCAGCACCAGCAGCCAGCCCAGCAGUGCUGCAGUAGCCGCAGGCGUUCUGGAUGAGGACGUGGUGGUGAUCGACGCUACUCCAGCUCCGGCACCUGCCGUCCCUGCCAGCGAGGAGAUCAACGUCACCUCCACAGACAGCGAGGUGGAAAUCGUCACAAUUGGAGAUAGUUUCAGGUCGCGCUCUUUGGGUGGUCUUGGUAGGAUAUGGGCUAACAGUUGCUCUCAGAGCCGUCUCCAGGAGCCACGAGGACGCCACAGACUGUCCACCGUCAUCCAGCCGCUGCGUCAGAACUCUGGAGAGGUGGUUGACCUAACUGUUGAUGAAGAUGACCUCUCAGUUGUGCCAACAACCUCUGGCAGCAUUCUCCCUCAAACAGUCAGGUCGUCCUCGUCGUCAUCUUCCCAGCAUGCCUCUACCUCAGAGCUCAAUGAUGCCGCCGGUCCCUCCACUAGCUGCCCAGGCUCAGUCCCCAACAAUAUGCGCACACCGAGGCAGAGUGGCUCGACCCGAAUAGCCGCCGAGGCAGAUGACAGCAGAUCAGGCUUGUCAGGUUCAGCGGGAGACACCACAGGCACGGCCAUGCCCAGGCUGCCGUCGUGCUGUCAGCAGCACUCGCCAUGCGGAAGGCCCUCCCCCAGUCAUCUGUCCCUCAGCCACUCCCAUUCGAGCUGCAUGCAGGCCUCGUCCUCUCAGGCCAACGGCUCCCAGCACGGUCACGGCAACGCGCACCAUUUUGUCCUUCAUGUCCACCACCCCACACCGCAGCCCCCGGGUACCCUGCCAUUCCAAGAGCCGAGCUGUGCUGUGGAAAGGCCCAGUGCGCUGCCUGCAACCUGUGCCGGAGUGAGCGGCGGGAGCAGCAAUAGCGGAAGCGGCAACAACACGGCCCAUUACCACGAGCAGCAAACGCUGCCAGUGGACCUGAGCAACAGUAGCGUUCGAAGCACCGGUGCUAGUUUCCAUGGCAGCACGUCAGCCUUUGACCCCUGCUGCCCAGGCUCCACCUCCCGGCCUCCUCCCUACGUUUCCCAGGCCACGCCUGGCCCCAGCCAGCCAGCUGCGGCCGACUCUUUCAGCUCCGGCAUGGCGGCCCAGCCUCAAACACAGCUACAGCAGCCAUGCAGACAUUACAUACACCCCUCAUAUGGCUCGCUGGCACGCUCAUUGCAUCAUCAGCCUUCCACUGCCUGUCCUCAUUCCCACGGGAACCCUCAACUUACACCUCAGCCUCCUCCACAAGGCGACUAUGUCCUUCCCCACAAUGUCCACUCCUUUCAUCCACCGCUGCAAUCCCACCCGUCAGGCCACACUGUACCCAGUGGCCCUCCUCUAGCCGCCCACCACCUCUCCGGUUCCAGUGCCCCGCUGACGCAGCACCUGCCCCCGGACCACCAGACCCUGCCACACCAUAUGCCACCACUAGGAUCAGUUCAACGGCUCCAUCAACACGAAAUGUUGCAGAGGAUGGAGGUUCAAAGGCGCAGAAUGAUGCAGCACCCCACGCGAGCACACGAGCGUCCUCCUCCCCACCCUCACAGAAUGCACCCCAACUACGGCCACGGGCACCACAUCCACGUGCCGCAGACCAUGUCUUCCCACCCACGCCAGCCGGAGCAGAGAACCGCAUGGGAGCUCGGCAUCGAGGCCGGAGUGACUGUGGCGUCGUACCCUUCGGGGCACCUGCACUCCCACUUGCACCAUUACCACCCCACUUCCAGAUUGCACCACUUCCCUAUCCCCUUCAUGCACACUGGUAUAUCUGAAGUCACUUACCCACACAUUCGCUACAUCUCAUCUCGAAUGACUGGCUUUGGAAGAACCUACGAGGACCUGCUGCAUUUAGAGGAAAGACUGGGGACGGUGAACCGGGGAGCCUCUCAGGGAACCAUAGAGAGGUGCACUUACCCACACAAAUACAAAAAGAAGGUGUUGGAGAGAGACAUUGACCAACAGUUAACCCCCGAAGCUUGGGCCUCUAUUGGGAAAAAUAUGCACGCAAGCCCUGAAUCGAGAAAGCUGCACGGCAAGCAGGAUGAAGACGAGGGGGCGGACGAAGACACAGAGGAGAAAUGCACCAUCUGUCUGUCCAUACUGGAGGAGGGGGAGGACGUCAGGCGUUUGCCGUGCAUGCACCUGUUCCACCAGCUGUGCGUGGACCAGUGGCUGCUCACCAACAAGAAGUGCCCCAUCUGCAGAGUGGACAUUGAGGCGCAGUUGUCUGCUGAGAGUUGAUGCUGUUUGAUUUUUUUUACCCCCCGCCCCGCCCCGCCCCUCCCAUCCGUGCCACGUGUCUCUUUCUAACGAACACUUUAGUUUCCAUAUUCAUCUUCAUUUCCUCCUGAGUACUGCAGUCAACCAAAGAAGGCAAUGAAUAGACCUGCGCAGCUCCGCUACUAGGAACAUCUUGACAGUGCCGGCUAUCACUUCUCCAUUAAGAGUUUAUGUAUUUAUAAAGCUUUUAUGUAGCUUUUGGAUUGUUUUGUCAUAUUCCCCGCCGCCCCCACCUCCCUCCUACCCCGCAUGUUUCCUUGCAAAAUGCAUUUGUUUGCACAUUUACCCACGGGCUUAAAGGCAAGGACAAGUUGCUCUUGUAAAGCUGCGAGGCCUCGCUUUACUAGACUAGAAUGUCAGCCUCCACAACAACAUGGCAGAGUUCAUUUUUACCAAUCAUUGUAUUGAAUAGUUUGUUUAGAGGAUGUGGAUUUUUAGUGAAAGAUGUUUUUGUUUUAAAUAAAGCAUUCCUAGACGUUCCUAACUAGGGGAAACUAUGUUUAACAAAUCAGCUGCUGUAUUAGUGCACAUUCACAUACUUGGACACAGUAUUUUCUCAACUUACGCCCCACAACUGUCAACACGCGAGUCGCAUCUGUUUCACACAGAAAGAAUGUUACACAACCCUCGUCCAGAAACGGCUCGUAGGUACGCAUGCGGGUGGUCACAUCACGGAUAGAUUGCUCGACGGAUAGCUAGAUGGCUACAUAGUGUCCCCCCUCCCCACACCCCAACCCCUCUGUGUCCGUAGUUGAACAUCAGCUGUGCGAAAAGAUGACACGCUAAAGUGUUCACUGGCAUAAAACUUGCACAAGAGAGAGAAACGGCAGGAUUAGUUGUGAUUACGACGCCAUGUUGAGGCCAUGUAUUUCCACUUUGACUAUGAAGCCCUGUUAAAAAAAAAAAAGAAAAAUAUUUUGAAAGGAGUGAUGAAAUGCAGUACUUAAUGAAUCAAAAGCAGGUAUACAUGCUCUCAUCACACACCCUUCAAAGGCACCAGAAGCAUAUUCUGUGGGAUUUAUAUUAGUUUAAAAAAUAUUAAUAAACUUGGAUAACUCUUA